AUUAGUGUAUCGUCAAACAAGGCAUUCAGUAGUACCUAGCAGUAGUACAAACAGUCAACAAUGAAGGUGAUACUCUUGGCUGGUGUGUUCGCCGUCGUAGCCCUGUCAGUGGCUGGAGCUCCAACUUACAAAGAGGAAGAAGUACCUUACGCGAACCAGCGAUAUCUUGAAGACUAUCUUCGUCAGCGACGAACUCCUUACGGAGCCGGGUACGUGCCGCCGUGCGCCGCCGCUGCUGCCAGCCAACUCCAGGUUCCAGUCUACGCCGCCGUGCCGCAGUACGGAGUACCACACUAUGGAUAUUCUGGACCGCACUACCGCAGCGUAGAGCACCAGAACGAUGAGAUACUAGGUUUCUCCGAUAUGGACGUUGUUCCGGAACCUGUGCAGAUGGCAAGAUAUGGAGGCUACGGCGGUGCGGCUUUAGGUGGCCUCCCAGCUGGCGGCUCACCUGUUGGUAUCUCUUCCUACGGCGGGCAUGGGCUCAGCUCGUAUUCAUCAGGACCUGCGCUAGGUGUAUUCCCCAACGCUAGGGUCAGUGGUUGCAACGUUCCGCUGCUAUUCAGCUGUUCGCCGUCUAUAGUGUCUGGACACAUGAUGGAGUCUCAUGGCCUAGGUGGCCUAGGCGGCCUAGCCGGUGCCGGUGGCGCAAGCGGUGCACCGCUGUCCGCCCUGCCGGCUGGUCUGCCAGGAUCGUACAGGAUUGUGGACGAGCCCGUGCACCACGAGGCUCACGUGCAGCAGGAAGCAGCAGAACAUGAACACGCAGAACAUACCGAGGCUGUCCAUGAAGCCACCUCCGCUACACACCAAUAGGCUUACGUCAAUACACAGUGUAAUAGAUUAAGUUAGAUUUAUUACAUCGAUUUUAUUAAAUAAAGUCGUAAUAUUAUAAAUUAA